AUGGCAUCUCCUCCUAGAAAUCCUCUUCCAGCCGAUGGUGAUGUCCACAACGAUGCUGCAGCACCUGAACCAGCAGAUUCGAAUCUGGCCAUCAUCGUUCAUCCUGUCAAUAUUGAAGCUAUGCCGAUCUGUUUUAUUGAGCCAGGAGACGAGCCGAAUCCAAUUGACCCAGACAACUUCGAGUUCGUGGGCCCCUCUUCCACUGCAGGAAGAACCAGAAGCCCCAGCUCUCUCCUCAAGCUCCAUGAGUCAUCGUCCAACGACUCACCUCCACCAGCAUCAACUCAGGGGGAGACAUCUCAGCCUAAUAUGGCAGCAGCAGCUUCUCAACAUUCUGUCUCUGAAGAUGUUGCUGCACAUGUUCCAGAAGAUGUUGCUGCACCCUCUGACUCAGCCAAUGCCCCUCACCGUGCUGCUGAGGAUGCUGCUCCCUACCAGGAUGAGGAAAUGCCUGACUUUUCUGGGAUGUCCUCUGCUGAGCAUGUAGACAUUCCCACUGUUGAUGCCCAGGAUUUCACUACCACUGAAGAAACACCUUCAGCUCCACAUCCAGAUCCUCUGGAAACUCUGGCAGAGGCAGCUGUUCAAGUGGAUGCAUCACCUUCCCAGACUGAAGAAGAAGAAACAAAUGACGAUAGCUGGGAAGUUCCCCUUGCCACCUUUCGCAAAAAUUUGCCAUCCUCAGAGUCAGACAGUGACUCUUCUGAGGAAUCCUCUCAGAUGCAGGAAGAUGCUGCCCCACUUGUUGCAUCACCUGAGCUAGCAUACAUCCCAGAUGAACUUGAAGACUCCGAAGAAGAGGAAUCCUCUGAGGAAGAAGAAGAAGACCUCUUGUUACAACAGUUUACUCACUCUCUAGCUCUGAUUACUUAUCACCAGUCCAUGGUGGAAAUGGUUCAAACAACUCUUUCUGAUCAAAAAGGGGGAGAAAAAGCUAGUCAUGAAGUUGAAGCAGGAACUUCUCAUCCUUUGGAUGCCAGGGGCAGAGAGCAAGGAGUCAAUGAAGACGGAGCAAAGAAUGAAAGUGAAGCUCAAGGAGCAGAGGAAAGCAGUGGAUCGAGUGCUGAUGAUGGAGGAGCAGCAGCUGAUACUGAAGAGACUUUGGAUAUUAUACUUUAA